AUGGCUUCAACCAAAUCUGACCUCUCCAAACGCCGCCGUUUCCAACCACCCAUUACAACCUUCUUCACACCAUCGUCUGAUCCUAACGGCUGCCCCCCGCCUUCGAACCUCUCCUACAACCAUUACUCAGCCGUCACCAAUUCCCCCACACCCGUCGUGCCCCCCAAAGUCCAGGCAUCGCUUCUAUCUGUCGGAAUGCGCGUCCGCAAAGCAAUCGCCGAUGGAUACAAGACACAUCAAGCGAAGGCUGAUAAAUACACCACCUUUUCAUGUGAUCAUAACAACAAUACACUCAAAACAAUAAGCACAACAACCAUUUCUACUACAAGCUACAAUGCGUCCUCCGCCCGCUCAGAACUUGCUCCUUUCUGCGGCGUGAGCAAAUCGAAUGAAUAUACUACCACUACUCCUCAGCCGCUCCCUUCCGCUUACUACGACAACCACAUACCCAGGACGGACGAAGACGAUGCGUUUUCUCUACCCCCUAGCAGCCAAGAAUCCCUCGACUCCGCUCUUACGCCAGAACCUGCUUUUUCACAAAAGAAACGCUCCCACCACGACUUCGAUUUCGACUCUUACAAAGACGACUGCGAAGAAAUAAACCCGCUAGAUCCUGAUCCUGUAACAAUUAUCAGCGGACGAACGAUCCUCUCCCCGAGAUCCACCUAUCAACGCCGCACUUUGGCAGCUCAGAAAUACAAGCCGAUGCAUACGAUGGAUCUCGAUGAUUUUGAGGAAGCAACCUUCCUACGCCGACCGGAAGAGCUUGAUGAUAUGGAUAUUGAGGGCGAAAUUCAGAUGAGACGCAUGUAG